AUGGACUCUUUACUAGGGUCUUACAGGAGGGAAAAGUCGAGAAAAAAAAGCCGAAUCACAGGAUCAGGUCGUGGUGAAAUAUAUGUUUCGAAUUUGUAUGCCUAUGAAGCCUUCAGUUUUCUGGGAGACAGAAAUCACCCAGGAAAUACACAAGAUACUUUAGGUGAAGAAAAUGCAAGUCAGGAUAAUACUAGAAAUGAUGAUGGUCAUAACGAAGAAAGAAAUGAAACUUCAAACUCGACGAUAACGGAAGGACCUAAACAAAAGUCAACUAUACCUAAAAAGAGAUCCAAAAUGAACGAAAGUGAUGAUCUUACUGAUACGCCAUAUCUGAAGCAUUAA